UGCUUUCCUGCUUUCCUUCCUCGCCAUCGUCUAUUUGGCCGAGAAUGGCGUCGAUGAUGCUCGCCGGGACAUCGGGAGGCCUUUUCAGGCGAUCAAUAACCUCGCCAAGGUGCUUGACUGUCAUCUCGAGUCCAAGACCAGCUGCAUAUAGUCGAGAGCGGCCGCCUACGACCUCAUCCGGCUUCCACAGCAGCGCCGUCGCCUUUUCCUCCUCCUCCUCCUCCUCCUCCUCCUCACCACCACCACUACCGCCGGCAUCAUCAUGGACUGACUCCAUACUCAGCCUGAUGGACCCAGUCGUACCAUAUAUACACGCUCUGCCUGACUAUCUCCACCUUUCCGGUCCACACAGCUACGCCCUCAGCAUUGUCCUCCUCACAUUCGUGCUGCGAAGCACAGUCACGCUCCCCUUCCAAUUGUGGGCACGACGCCGGCAAGCAAGGCUGCAGGAGGAAGUCAUGCCAAGAUGGAAUGUGCUGAAGGGUAGAGAAGGACUGCCCUUGACGAGGAUGAAGUUGGCGAGGAGGGAGGGAAAGAGUUUUGAGGUGUACAAGGCGGAGUUAGAGGAGGAGUUGCGAGAACGACUUCGCGCUUUGAUCAAAGAACAUCGCUGCGAGCAAUGGAAGACGCUCCUGAUCCCUAUAUCCGUCUCUCUACCCCUCUUUGUCGCCACAACCAUGGCGCUGCGGCAAGGAUGCCUUCCUCCCUCGCCCCUACUGGGUGAAAUCUUGCCAUGGUGGUCCCCACCCGACGACUCCCUUGUGCGCUCUUUUGAGACCUCAGCACAGAUGCUCCGCGACCGCGGGAUGGACCCAGAGGCUCUAGCUGCGCUCAGCAAGCCAACGGGGCCUACGCUGGGCGACAGGGAUUCAACUGUGUUGGGACCUGUAGCUGUGGGGAUGCUGAGCAUGUUGAAUGUUGAAAUUGGAGCGAGAGCUAGAAGGAAAGGCUUGGAGGACGCCAAGGCAAAGAGGGAGGGUCAAGGGAAGGAAGAGGGCAAGGAGAGUCUGGGCGAUGUAGCGAUGAGGGUGGAAAAGGCUGAGCUGGUCUCUAACGCGAUCGCGACGGGGAUGAGGGGUUUCUCCAUCCUGUUCAUCCCCAUCAGCUUGAAUGCACCCGGGGCCCUUCUCAUCUAUUGGCUCUCCUCCAUCAGCUACUCACUAGGCUACAAUGUCAUUACCUCCCUCCUCUCGGCCCGACAAAGGAAGCUGCGUCUCGAGGGCUCGGCGCAAGAAGCCGAGUCUUCGCGCGUGGCUGGGAUCGAGGAGCAGGUGAGGAGUGAGCUGCGCGAGAUGGAGGAGAAGUCGAAGCUGCAGUUGAGCGGGGAUGUGAUGGGUGGCCAACCCGCUCCGCAAGCGGUGAAUACUGCCACGGCGAAGGAUGCAACGGCAGGAAUGCAUGAUGGCGCAAACACUGCUGGCCCAACUCGACCUCCGGCGAGCAAAAACUCAAUAAGGCCACCGCCUGCCGUAGCCAAGCCCAAUCCAUCGGCCACUUUCACUUUCCCUCAAGCACCGGAGCGAGCAGCAGCAAAGAGGAAAAGAAGAUGAGCGGAGAGAAGAAAGAUGAAAAUUGAAGACAUUGGUAUAGAUGAUGUGACCAGAGAUGAGUGUAAUGUAAUGAUACAAGAUGCGAUGAUGUCAGGUUCAUGAACGG